AUUUUCGCACCGCCAAAACCCCGGUCGCAUGUUGAUGACGCAGAUCCCGAGCGCGACACGGGAAGUGCUCAGCCAGCUCCACUACACUCACAUUAAAUAUAACAUUUUUACCACAUACAGCCGAUGAGGACUCGUCUGCAUAGAAUAUAUUUAGAGUGAUGGCGGAGGAGAGAGGAGGAGAUAUAGUUUCUGAGUUCCUCAGUCAGAAUCCACACCUGGAGAACUGGGUGCAGUCUUUAAGAGGACCCUGUGAGACAAACAAACAGUGGCAUGCCAGAAGAGAGUUUGUUCUGCGCAAUAUGGAGGUCUUUCCUACCAUCCAACCUGGGAUCCCAAGUUCUAGUUUGGACAGACUUCUGUCUCUGUCCAUGGUUUGGGCCAACCAUGUGUUUUUGGGCUGUCGGUAUCCACAGCCUGUAAUGGAGAAGGUAAAUGAGAUGGCAGAAGGAAUCACUGUGACUGAGGCCCCUGUGCGAAAAACUAGAGAUGAAAUCAUGGGAAAAACAAAAAGACCUGCAGUUUCAGCAGUGGAAGCUGAUUACCAGAGUAAGAAGGUUAAACCCAGUGAUACAGAUGUUAAAGCUCAUGCGAAGAGUCCAGCUACCAGUGCUCUGAAAUCGGGCCCUCCGCCGGGGGCUCCUGCAGAACACCAGCCCUUUUUUAAUCGACUCUAUAAGGCAGUUGCUUGGAAGCUUGUGUCUGCUGGUGGCUUUGGCCCCAACCUGGAGCACUUUGAGAUCUUGCGCAGUUGUGUGGAGUCAUGCAAGGCCAGUCUUACCUGUGUGUUUGUUCCACUCAAAGACAUUCCUGACCUGCCUACGGGUCGUACCCAGAAAGAAGGCCAGGUGUGUGAACUGCGCUGCUGCACCGUCUACAUGGGUACGGGCUACGGGCGUGAUGAGGCUGCCGCCAGGGCAAUGGCCUCCAAAGAAGCACUCAAAGUGUUUCAAGGGCAAAAAGUGACAGUGAAAGUUUGCCACCGCAGAUUCAGAGGACGAGACGUUGACGAUUUGGUUCUGCUGGAUGAACAGUCCAGGAGCCAGGUUUUCCCUCCAGCUCUCAGCCACCCCUUUCAGGAAGACCAGUAGAGCUUCAUUCUGUCACGAUGAUGUAAAGUUGUAGAUUCAGUUGUGGCAACCACAGAGAUGUUUUUCACUGCAGUUCCAAAGAGUUUCAUUUGUGCAGAUUUCAGUUAUUCUCAUGCAGAAUGGCACUAUGGGGAAAGACUGGUAGGCUUAUAACUGUUUGUAAAAGUGACUAAGAAAAAAAUAGUUUUGUGCCUUGUAGAAUGCUUAUGCUUUAGAGUCUUGUUUGUGAUUUUGAGGUUUAGAUGGUUUGUUAAACAUCCAUUAACUGUGGUUAUAGUUCAGUCUGACCUUAAAAAGCUGUUGUGGUUUUAAAAGCUGCUGUUUUAAUUGCUAAAAUGUCAAUAGCUUUUGGUUUAUUUAUUUCUAAAGCAUUACAUUGAGAAUAUACAGUCUGUAGUUGACAGCGGUUGGAUUUGUCAGUGUCCAAUAUUUAAAAAGAUAAUAUUCACAAAAUAAAUCUUGGAUUAAUACAUGAAUGAUAACACAAUUAUAAUGGUUAGACGCAGUUUUGAUUGUUAAAAAAAUUACAGUAAAUAAUAGUACAGAAAUAAUAAUACAGUAAAUAAACGUGAUCUUAUAUCUUAAUUUCCUGACACUUUUAUAAAUAUAUUUUUCUCCUUGCUUCACAUGUAUUGGACAGUUUUCAUGUAAUAAUACAUGUCAUAACCACUUUUUUGGUCAUACACUGUGAUGAGGUUUGAUAAUGUUGUUGCUGUUGUUGUGGACCUUUGGGCAGAUUCUUUGAAUGUCAAAUAAAACUGCCGUCCAUUUCGGACCGGUGUUAAAUGUUCAAGCAGAAGAAUAUGAAUGAAGUGUAAGUGUUUGGUUAAAUGUAUCUCAGUCUAUGAUUCAGAAACUGCUAGCUUUACUUGGGGUAUAACUGGGUUUAUUUUCUGAUUUCAGAGAAGAUGUGACGUUCAUCUAUCCAUAUGUCUUUGUUUUGUUUGGUAGUGACAUUUUAAAAAUAAAAAAUCUUAAACCUCUAGAAAUCUCAAA